AUGCUCUACUACUAUCUUUGUUCUACAUUUGUGUUGCUGUCAGCGUACGUAGUGCUGAAGAGGGUUAAGUUUGGACAUAAGGUUGAAAUGGGUAGUUGGCUGACAUAUCUCUGGUGGGGCGGAGACCCAGAUCUGGUAAAUCCUAUAUCAGGUUUGACGAAGCGUGAGGUUUACUCCAUCCAACAGUCGUGGGCUCCAGUCUACAACAACUCUGUAGCCAAUGGAACUGAACUCCUUAAACGAUUAUUCCGAGCAUACCCAGAAACUAAGGAGUUUUUCAAAAUGGUGAGGAAAUGUUCUGAAGACGAAUUCAUAGGAAAUCCACAGUUCAGAGCGCACGUGAUAAAUUUAAUGAGUUCAUUGAACCUGGCUGUUAGCAAUCUAAACCAGCCUGAAGUUGUCGCAGCAAUGAUGAACAAACUGGGAGAGUCACAUGGCAGGAGAAAAAUACAGGAAAAACACUUUCAUGACUUGAAAGAUGUUAUAGUAAAAAUGUUUAUAGAAGUAUUGAAGCUGGAUGGCAGUACAUUGAAUGCGUGGGGAAAAGCUGUUGAUUUCUGGUACAAACACAUCUUCGAAACAUUGAAACAAGCUGAGACGAGAUAA